UUUUAUUUAAGUUUUUAUACCAUUAUAAUUAAAUUACAAUUAAUGUUUCUACUAUUAUCUAAUAAUGACUUUAAAAUAGUAUAUUACUUGCUAGUGUUAUCUGUGGUAUUAUUCUGUGCAUUCUAGGAUAAAACAAAACACAUUUUGUUUACAAAUUUUCGGCGGUGUAGAAUGAGUGUUGCAAAGCCAUCAAAAUUCAAAAGUUUAGGAAGUAUAAAAUGUCUAACUUUUUUGGUGACACUAUGUCUAGUUUCACUAAUGGUAACAGCUCUCGUAUUAAGAUUUUCAGAUUCUGGUACAAUUGCGUAUACUAUUUAUAUAGAUACACAAGGUGACCCGAUAUAUACAGUAAACGACAAGUUCAUAAGCUUAGGAUUGGAUAGUAGCAUUUUAACUGAGGGUUUCAAAAAUUUUAACAUGUCAGAUCCCGUACUUAUCAAAAUGAUAGGUAUUUUGUCUCCAGCUUAUCUAAGAAUAGGUGGAAAUCAAGCUGAUCAAAUUAUUUUUUCUGAAGAGAUACUUGAAAACAACGCCAAUAAUUCCCAUAAUUUUAUAUUAACUGGUCACGAUUGGUCUCGUUUGUAUAAUUUAUCACUCAACUGUAACAUAAGUAUUAUUUUUGAUCUGAAUUCAUUGUUAAGAUACGAUAACGGUUCAUGGAAUUCGAAGAAUGCGGAAGAAAUGAUACGAUUUUCGGAAAAACACAAUUUUAUUCUUGAUUGGGAACUUGGAAAUGAACCUAACUCAUACGAACACAAAUUUGAUACUUACGUAAACGCUACUCAAUUGGGUAUAGAUUAUAUAGCAUUGAGGGAUAUUUUGAAUAAAACGGAAUUAUAUAAAAAUUCGUAUUUGGUGGGACCAUCAACGACCAGACUGAGAACAACAGAGAUAGAGGAUUAUUUUAGGGAUUUUUUGGUAGCCGGUGAACAAGCUGUUAGUGCUAUAACUUGGCAUCACUAUUACUUUGGUGGUGUAAACGCUACUCCUGAACAAUUUUUGGAUCCUGACAUUUUCGAUUACUUAAAAUGCCAUAUAAUAAAAGUUAAAAAUAUUAUUAACGAAUUAGAUAUAAAGUAUAAGCCUACUUGGUUAGGGGAAACAUCUUCUGCCUGGCAUGGUGGAGCUCCAGACCUCUCUGAUAGAUUUAUUGGGAGUUUUAUUUGGAUGGAUAAACUAGGUUUAAGCUCAAAAAUGGGAGUUGAUCUGUUAGUGAGGCAAAGUAUUUUUGGAGGAAAUUAUUCUUUAAUUGAUGAUAACUACUAUCCAAACCCUGAUUGGUGGUUAAGUGUAUUGUAUAAUACAUUUGUAGGACCACAAGUGAUUGAUACAAAAACAGAUGGAGAUGCUAGAAUUAGGCUAUAUGCUCAUUGUGCCAAAAGAAAUAUACUAUGGCUAGAAUCAAAUUCGGUAGUUGUAAUUUUUGGUGUAAAUCUUAGUGAUAAAGAAGGAACUGUAUCUAUUGAAGAACUGAAAUCUGAAGAGUUGAUGUAUGUUUAUCAACUGACUGCGGCAGAUACUUUGUAUUCUCAGGAAGUUCAUUUGAAUGGUGAACCCCUUUUAUUAUUACCAAACACAACGUUACCAGUUUUUGAACCAAAGAUCAUGCCUAAGGAGAAAGAAGUUACCAUAGCUCCGUAUUCUAUUACUUUUUGGAUUUUGCCAAAUUCAAAUGUCAAAGCUUGUCAAGAUGUGUGACAUUUUUACAUAGCUAUCCCAAGUGAUUGAAAUUGUUAGCUCUUCUGAUUUUGCUCAUAAUAAAUUGAGACAUCAAAACGAGAUGAGCAAUACAUAUGAAUUUUCUCUAAAUGUUUUCUAAUUUUUGGAUUAUGUAUCUCAAAAUAAAUAAAAAUAUAUAAAGUAGGUUACGUGUUGGUAAUACAUUUUUAUAAUAAAACGCAUAAUAUAUAAUUUCAUAAA